AUGCCUGCAGCCUGCCUCCUCCUCUGGGCUUCCCUGGUGACCGGGGCCUGGCCCGCCGCCCCCACCCAGGACCCGCCGCCCGCCACGCCCCGCGUCCGGCUCUCCUUCAAAGAGCUGAAGGCCACGGGCACCGCCCACUUCUUCAACUUCCUGCUCAACACCACGGACUACCGCAUCCUGCUCAAGGACGAGGACCACGACCGCAUGUACGUGGGCAGCAAGGACUACGUGCUGUCCCUGGACCUGCACGACAUCAACCGCGAGCCCCUCAUCAUCCACUGGGCGGCCUCCCCGCAGCGCAUCGAGGAGUGCGUGCUCUCGGGCAAGGAUGGCAACGGGGAGUGCGGGAACUUCGUCAGGCUCAUCCAGCCCUGGAACCGGACGCACCUGUACGUGUGCGGGACCGGCGCCUACAACCCCAUGUGCACCUACGUGAACCGCGGCCGCCGCGCCCAGGCCACGCCCUGGACCCAGACGCAGGUGGUCAGAGGCCGAGGCAGCAGAGCCACGGACGGUGCCCUCCGCCCAACGCCCACAGCCCCACGCCAGGACUACAUCUUCCACCUGGAGCCCGAGAGACUGGAGUCCGGGAAGGGCAAGUGUCCCUAUGACCCCAAGCUGGACACGGCCUCGGCCCUCAUCAACGAGGAGCUGUAUGCGGGCGUGUACAUCGACUUCAUGGGCACGGACGCGGCCAUCUUCCGCACGCUGGGCAAGCAGACGGCCAUGCGCACCGACCAGCACAACUCCCGCUGGCUCAACGACCCCUCCUUCAUCCACGCGGAGCUGAUCCCGGACAGCGCGGAGCGCAACGACGACAAGCUGUACUUCUUCUUCCGCGAGCGCUCGGCCGAGGCGCCGCAGAGCCCCGCCGUGUACGCCCGCAUCGGCCGCAUCUGCCUGAACGACGACGGCGGCCACUGCUGCCUGGUCAACAAGUGGAGCACCUUCCUGAAGGCGCGGCUGGUGUGCUCCGUGCCCGGCCACGACGGCAUCGAGACGCACUUCGACGAGCUCCAGGACGUGUUUGUGCAGCAGACCCAGGACGUGCGGAACCCGGUCAUCUACGCCGUCUUCACCUCCUCGGGCUCCGUGUUCCGAGGCUCCGCCGUGUGCGUGUACUCCAUGGCCGACAUCCGCAUGGUCUUCAACGGGCCCUUCGCGCACAAGGAGGGCCCCAACUACCAGUGGAUGCCUUUCUCCGGGAAGAUGCCGUACCCGCGGCCCGGCACGUGCCCGGGCGGGACCUUCACGCCUUCCAUGAAGUCCACCAAGGACUACCCCGACGAGGUCAUCAACUUCAUGCGCAGCCACCCGCUCAUGUACCAGCCCGUGUACCCGCUGCAGCGGCGGCCCCUGGUGGUCCGCACGGGCGCCCCCUACCGGCUCACCACCGUCGCCGUGGACCAGGUGGAUGCAGCCGACGGGCGCUAUGAGGUGCUUUUCCUGGGCACAGACCGCGGCACAGUGCAGAAGGUCAUCGUGCUGCCCAAGGAUGACCAGGAGGUGGAGGAGCUCAUGCUGGAGGAGGUGGAGGUGUUUAAGGACCCCGCGCCCGUCAAGACCAUGACCAUCUCCUCCAAGAGGCAACAACUGUACGUGGCCUCGGCCGUGGGUGUCACACACCUGAGUCUGCACCGCUGCCAGGCCUACGGGGCCGCCUGCGCCGACUGCUGCCUCGCCCGGGACCCCUACUGCGCCUGGGACGGCCAGGCCUGCUCCCGCUACACGGCCUCCUCCAAAAGGCGGAGCCGCCGGCAGGACGUCCGGCACGGGAACCCCAUCCGGCAGUGCCGCGGCUUCAACUCCAACGCCAACAAGAACGCGGUGGAGGCGGUGCAGUACGGCGUGGCGGGCAGCGCCGCCUUCCUGGAGUGCCAGCCCCGCUCGCCCCAGGCCGCCGUCAAGUGGCUGUUCCAGCGCGACCCCAGCGACCGGCGCCGCGAGAUCCGGGCGGAGGAGCGCCUGCUGCGCACGGACCAGGGCCUGCUGCUCCGCGCGCUGCAGCCGGGCGACCGCGGCCUGUACUCGUGCACGGCCACCGAGAACAACUUCAAGCACGUGGUCACGCGGGUGCAGCUGCACGUGCUGGGCCGGGACGCCGUGCACGCCGCCCUCUUCCCGCCGCCGGCCGCCAGCGCCCCGCCCGCCCCCGGCGCCGGCCCCCCGACGCCCUCGUACCAGGAGCUGGCGCAGCUGCUGGCCCGGCCCGAGGUGGGCCUCCUCCACCAGUACUGCCAGGGCUACUGGCGCCCCGUGCCCCCCGGGCCCCGGGAGCCCGCCGCCCCCCGGCCCCCCGAGCCCCAGGACCAGAAAAAGCCCCGGAACCGCCGCCACCACGCCCCGGACACCUGA